UUUGGCAUUUGUGAUUCAAGGGCGAAAGCACUCGGUCUGUAGGAAACGGUAACAACUGCCGGAUUCAAGUCACCACUCUCAACAUCACACCCAAAAUCUGGUAGAAAAACCACUUCGCCUCAACGGGUCGGAUCCGCGAGCCCGAGGAUCCGGAUAUGGACGCGCUGCAGGAGUCGGGUUGGGAGGAGCUCCGGAAAGAAGCUCGGAAAAUCGAGGGCGAUCUAGAUGUCAAGCUGUCUUCGUAUGGGAAGCUCGGCGCUCGCUUCACCCAAGGAGGUCAUGUGGAUGCUAGUUCACCGACUUUAGGGUCGAGCAGGUCCUGGAAGUCUAUGGAAAUGGAGAUUGAAUCAUUGCUUGAGAAAUUACUUGAUGUAAAUGAUUCAUUGAGUCGAUGUGCUGCAUCUGCUUCUGCAACUACAUCAGUUACUCAAAAGCUUGCUAGACAUAGGGACAUACUGCAUGAGUUUACCCAGGAAUUUAAGCGUAUAAAGGGAAAUAUAAACUCAAUGUGGGAACAUGCAGAACUCCUUAGUUCCGUGAGAGAUGAUAUAAAUGAGUACAAGGCUUCUGGAAGUGUAUCUCCAAGAGUGCAAGUACUAAGGGAGAGAGCUGCGAUACAUGGAAGCAUAUCUCAUGUUGAUGAAGUAAUUAAUCAAGCUCAAGCAACUAGAGCAGCCUUGGGCUCCCAAAGGGCUAUGUUUGGAGACGUUCAAGGAAAAGUGAAGCUACUUGGUGACAAAUUUCCCAUCAUUCGUGGCCUACUUGGUUCUAUUAGAAGAAAAAGAUCAAGAGACACUCUCAUCCUUUCCGCAGUGAUUGCUGCCUGUACGCUUUUCCUUAUCAUAUAUUGGCUUUCUAAGUGAUCAAUUUUUUCAAUUUCUGUGUUUAAAUUAAGUGAGAGAAAAGAGGCAAUUCUAAUGGAUUUUCCAUGUGUGGUUAUUAGAAAUGAAAUUUGGUUUAAGGUUAUGGUUCCUAAUACACCAACUUAUGAUUUUCUUAUCCCCGACUUGUCUUUACUUUUAUAUAGAGGAGCAAUAUGCAUUUAUCGUACUUCACUGUAGAAAUACUCUGAAAUUACUCCAAGACAUGUUUUGUUACCAUGCAAAUCAAACCUUGCCUUAGGGUGUCAAUGUUUCUGGAUUUGGGGACCUUGAGGUUAGAAAAAAUGAUUCGCAAGUUUCGGGAAUUUGUGUAAAAUUAUAAGAAACUAUAGCUUCUCAUGGCUUCCUCUGAACUACUAAAGAAUUUGGAAUUCACUCUUGGGUACUGCUGUAGUUGGAUUCAUUCAUUUUGCUUUGGGAUUAGAGAAUUAUGAAUUUGGUGGAAGAAUUUGAGUUUGAGGUGAUUUGGAAUUACUCUUAACUAAGAUAAUCCAUUAUAUCAUGAGUUCAUCCACAAACACUCAAACAGUCCCAAAAACCUUUUCAUGUCAUGUGGACCUAUGGAUAAUGUGG